AUGUCGAGACCGAGAGAAAAGUUCGACGAGGUGGAGGACAACGCGGAACUGACUGAAGUAGCCAUUCCUCAGCCUGCGGAUGCGGAAGACCCUAGAAGACCCUCGCUCGAGGGCGAGGAGCGGCGACUGAGCAGACACGAGGAUGAAGCUGCAUUGGGAGAGCUAGCCGUACCCAAACCCGCUACGGAAAGAGGGAGGCGUGAAGACGAAGAGGCAGGACAUGCUAGCAGGAGUAUGGAAGAGACGCAAAAGCCAGUUGAUACGACGACCAAGAAAAAUAACCCCCAGCGGUGGGUGACAGAACUCUACACAAUCUCGUGGUUGGUAUUGUUCUCGCUCCUGGGGACUCUGGCACGCCUCGGAGUGGUCGCACUCACUCUGUAUCCCAACUCACCGUUCCCUAGUAGGGUGCUAUGGGCGAACUUGGGGGGAUCCUUGUUUUUGGGCUUCCUCGCAGAAGAUCGCCAGCUAUUCCAACAAGAAUGGGGAUCUCCAGACCCUAAAGCGCCAGCUUCGAACCACCUCAAGGUCAAGAAGACCAUUCCUCUCUACAUUGGCCUUGCUACAGGUUUCUGCGGCUCGUUCACGUCCUUUUCGUCCUUCAUCCGCGAUUGCUUUCUGGCGUUGACGAAUGCACUCCAAUCGCCAUCACUCACUUCGCCCUAUCACGUCGAUACAAGCGUUGCGCACAGAAACGGUGGCUUCUCGUUCCUAGCUCUUUUGGCUAUCAUGAUCAUCCACCCAGCUAUCUCCCUAGCCGCCCUUCAGGUCGGAGCACAACUGGCUCUGCUUGUUCAGCCAACAACCCCGACCUUGCCCUUCAAUCUCUGCAGGAGGGUUCUUGAUCCGCUAGCUGUGCUCUUCGGCUUCGGAUGCUGGCUUGGGGCCGUGUUCCUGGCGAUCUGGGCCCCAGGGAACGAUACGCAUUGGCGAUUUCGAGCAGUCAUGCCACUGGUGUUCGCGCCACUGGGUUGCCUUCUUCGCUUCUACGCCUCAAAACAUAUGAACGCCAUCACACCCAGCUUUCCUCUGGGAACGUUCGCAGCCAACAUCUUCGGAACAGCCGUGCUGGGAAUGGCCUUCGACUUGCAGCACGCCGCUAGAGUUGGAGCAUCAGAGCCGAAUGCUUGUGUCGUCCUGCAGGGCAUCAUGGAAGGAUUUUGUGGUUGCUUGACGACUGUGAGUACUUGGGUUGCUGAGCUUCACGGGCUGCGGCGGCGCCAUGGUUGGACAUAUGGGUUGGCCAGCGUUGGUGUCGGGCUGGCGCUGAUGGUGAUCAUUAUGGGCUCGAUGGGCUGGACGGUUGGCUUCCUUCCCCCCGUAUGUAGCUGA